GUGGGCGGGGCCGGGAGGGCGAGAAACCUGGUUUGGCGUCGAGAAGGUGGUUGAGGAGAAGCGGAGAAGAAAUGAGAUGGCCCGGAUUCCCACCCUGGCCUCACCGACCUUGGGCUGACCGGCCUGUCCGGCUUCAGGUGCUGGGGCGCGGCUUGGGGACACGGGUGCGGGUGGGCAAGCGGUGGAGGCCCCUCGCUGUGGAAACCCCAGGCGGGCCCGGAUCCCACCGGCCCCACCUCGCGAGUGAAGGUCGAGGGCAGGAAGCAGCUGCCCCGAGUCCAGGCGCGUUCGCGGGAAGCUGGUGCCCGAGGCCCACUCCUGUGAAGGGCCUGCGGGGCGCCCCACGGAGACCGCGGUUCGGGUGGGGGUCUGGGGGACGUCCUAGUCCUCGAUGGUUUGUUCCACAGCCGUUUCGGGGGGCCUGCUGCGUUCAGACAACGCCGCGCGGGGGGCAAGGCCGGCCCUCCAGGCCCCCCAGGGGUCCGCUUGCGCUGGGGAGCCAGAGCCGCGGCGCGGAGGAGGAAGCAGCAGCUGCUGCCGAUCUCGGGGAGAGACGUACGGGGCCCGGGUUUGGCAGUGCGAACUAUUUUAAAUCCGGUGACAGGGAAACCUGCUCUCUGAGGAGGUGACAUUUAGCCUGAGACCUGAGUGGAGCGGAUCAGCAGGGGUGGCAGCACGGACCGCCCUGACUGCGCGCGUUGGUGGUGGGGGGGCGCACCUGCGGCGGUGGUCUAGGCCAGAGGCGGUCGUAGGGGGUGAGAUUCAGGAUCCCUGGGGAGAAAUGUGGGGCGGGGGCGCUGACGUGGAUGUGGGGAGCUGCAGAAGAGCGCUGUCUAGGGCAACUGCCUGGUUUUUGGCUUGGACCCCUGGAUGGACGGUGGUGCCAGAUGCUAAGGUGGAGAAGACGAGGAAGGACCCGGAAGCAAAAGAACGUUGUUAGGGAGAUGGCAAUGGAGCCGCCUAGGAAGCAUUUCAGCGGCUGUGGCCCCAGGCGUGGGGUUCUGGGAAUCUGGGGCCGGGCCGAGCGCAAGGCUGGGCAACUUGCAAGUGCCGGCUCGCUGGCGCGGGAAAGAGUUCAGAGCUCUGCUCCCAGGAAAUCCCGACUCCCGGGGAUGACUUGGCUGAGAGAGUCCUGUUGGUGGAUUUUGAUGGAAAUUCUAUUCGAUCGCAUCUACUUGGUUCAUUGAGUCCUUCCGGGGCCCCAGGUUUCAGGUGCUCCAUGCACUGCUUGGAACGAGACGUGCUCCUGCCCUCAGUGAAUCUUUAGUCUGAGAAACAAGCGUGUGAACAACCUUUUAGAAUACAGGGGCAAUAGGAUGAAUGCAAGAUAAACGUGGGAUCAGGAGCUGGGGGCGUGAAGAGGAGGGCGAGGAAUGGGGUUGGGAUCUGGGAGGGCAUCCCAGAAGGAGGAUCCUCCUCUAAAGUGAUAGGAAGAGUGGGGAGGAUUCCUGGCCACAUCUGGAGAGCCAGUGAUCAUGGGAUGCCUUUUUAAGGAUGGGGGAGGGAAGAAAGGCCACGUGGAGUGGUGGCUGUGAAGGGGCUGUGUGCAGCUUCACAUGUUGUCCCCUUAGCGGGGCAAUGUCAGGAGGGUCCUUCCUGGGGUUAGACAUGCAGACUCUUGUGAGCCAGGGCGCUUCCUCCCCAGCCUCCUGGCUGUUGGUCCCGCGGGCCCAGAACCUCUCCCUGGUAAUUGCUUUUCGUAAUGUGUUUGCUCCAAACCAAUUUCACGCCUCCGUGAGGACUCCGCCCUGCACUGGAGGCACGGAUCUCCCCACUACCAACCUACCCGCGUGUGAACUCGUGGGCUCACACAUACGGCACACAUUUAACACAACAGACAUACAGGGCUCGGAUACCAGGGCACACUAAACAUACUUAAUCCUACACUCAUGCACACUAGACGUUAAGACACUCAUGUACAACCCCCUCUCUACAACUAGUGCAUUCACAGUUUAGCACCCAGAGGCGUCUCGCGCUCGCCCUUGGAUGCUCAGUUGGUGGUUUCUUUGCCCUCGGCGCGUCUCCUGGACUAUCGCCAGGGGGCGCUGCAGCACCUACACCGCCUUCUCGGUGCCCGCAGUUGUGCGCUGCUGCCACCAGAGGGUACCAGCGGCCAGGCCCGAUGCUGCCCACCGUGAGAGGACUUUCUCCAGCCAAUGAGUGGGUUGGAGGUGUAUAUUUGUUGGCCCUGAGUUGAAUACGUUGUUCUUUCUUAGCAUCCUUGGUGCUGGUUGGCAACACAUGAAACCCAGGUCAGGCUAGAUGAGGAGACCAUGGCGGGCAUACAGAGGGUAGAUUAAAGAUAAAAUUUCUCUGUAGGAGCAUUUCCCAAAUGUCAGAGAACACGGACAAACAAAGCAGCACUUUUAGAAUUCUGUUUUGGACAAUGAGACCAGGUAUGUGCCUAUAAUGGGUCUGUUCAGGAAUUCAGUAUGAGAACCAUAGUUUUUCACUGAUAAAGAAAGGAGCUAGCUCUGUUCAGAUUUGACAGAGACAAAGUCUGUACUCAGUACUGAUGAGAGAGUAAGAAGUAGUUUUUGGAGUGCUCUGGAUUUCAGGGAAAAUGAGUCUCUUCCCUUCUUGGGCAGUCUUUGUCUAUUUAGUACAGGAAGAGCUCAUUUUGGAGGGUGUUUUUUCAUAUUCACUUGACCCUUGCCCUUGCUUUUUGACUAGGCAAAGUCUUUGUUGUUGCUAUUGUUAUUUCUUUUUCUUUUCAUUUUUGAGACAGAGUUUCCCUUUUGUCACCAAAGCUGGAGUGCAAUGGUGCGAUCUCGGCACACUGCAACCUCCACUUCCUGGGUUCAAGCAAUUCUCCUGCCUCAGCCUCUAGAGUAGCUGGGAUUACAGGCACAUGCCACCACACCAGGCUAAUUGUUUGUAUUUUUAAUAGAGACAGGGUUUCAUCACAUUAGCCAGACUGAUCUCGAACUCCUGACCUCAGGUGAUCUGCCCGCCUUGGCCUCCCAAAGUGCUGGGAUUAGAGGUGUGAGCUACCACACCGGCCUAUUAUUAUUUCUAAGACAGGGUCCUGCUCUAUCACCCAAGCUAGAGUGCAACGACACAAUCUCUGCACACUGAAGCCUCAACCUCCCCAGCUCAAGUGAUCCUCCUACCUCAGUCUCUGGAGUAGCUAGGACUACAGGCAUGUGCCACCAUGCCUGGCCAAUUUUCAAAUUUUUUUGUAGAGACAGGGUCUCACCAUAUUGUCCAGGCCGACCUUGAACUCCUGGUCUCAAGUGGUUCACCUCGGCCUUCCAAAUUGUCAGGAUUACAGACGUAAAUCACUAUAUCCAGUCAGAGUAGAUGUUUAUCACUCUCCCUCACAGAUAGAGAUGUCCAAGAGGGGUCAAGGUCACAGAGCCAGUGAGGGGUCAGAACAGGAAUUUGACUCCAGGUCUUUUUACUUUAGCCAAUGCUUCUUUCCACUUACCACAUGGCCUCAGUUUUAUGUUCUAUGAAAGGGCAGGGAAAUGAAGUGGGUUGCUGCAGUUGCCACUAUGUAUGCCAAUGUUACUGUAUGUUAAGGACUUCACAAAGUCACACUUUGUGUCUCUAGCAUGGCAAGGAAACAGAUAGAGGAUUAAAUGGGUUAUGAAAUACAGUAUCGGACAAACACCACACCAGGUCAACAGAAGUACUUGAGGUCUUACUUGCCUCUGUUCAGAAUUGGUGGGCCACUGGGAUUUAUUGGCACUAAGCUUUAAGUAUGAACUUCCUGUGCCAGCUUGAGUAGAGAAUCCACUUUACUGAGUAUAGUUCGAAGCAAUAAGCUCUUGGCUUGAACUGGGUGACAUACAUCUUCAAGAUCAGAGCAUCUUUAUUUUAUUUAUUUUUUGAGAUGGAGUUUUUCGCUCUUGUUGCCCAGUCUGGAGUGCGGUGGUGCAAUCUUGGCUCACCAUAACUUCCACCUCCCAGGUUCAAGCAAGUCUCCUGCCUCAGCCUUAGCUGUGAUUACAGGCAUGUACCACCACGCCCAGCUAAUUUUGUACCUUUUUUUUUUUUUGAGACGGAGUUUCACUCUUGUUACCCAGGCUGGAGUGCAAUGGCACGAUCUCGGCUCACUGCAACCUCCGCCUCCUGGGUUCAGGCAAUUCUCCUGCCUCAGCCUCCUGAGUAGCUGGGACUACAGGCACGCGCCACCAUGUCCAGCUAAUUUUUUUGUAUUUUUAGUAUAGUCGGGGUUUCACCAUGUUGGUCAGGCUGGUUUUGAACUCCUGACCUCAGGUGAUCCACCCACCUUGGCCUCCCAAAGUGCUGGGAUUACAGGCAUGAACCACUGUGCCUGGCCCAGGGGGUCUUUAAAACAUUUUUUAGAGAUAGCGUCUCCCUCUGUCACCCAAUCUGGAGUACAGUGGUGCGAUUAUAACUCACUCUAACCUCCAACUCCUGGGCUCAAGCAAUCCUUCUGCCUCUGCUCCCAAGUAGCUAGGGCUACAAGUGUGUGCCACCAUGCUUGGCUAAUACAAUCAGAGAGUCUUUUAACCUUAAGUCCUUGACACACCAGAAAGUGACAGGCUUCUUAAAGUGGCCUUUUAUUGAAGAUAUUGGUAGAAGAGAGAUGUUUCAAUAUAUAUCCUUUCGAGCUUUUGGAAUUUUGUUCUAUGUGAUUUCAUUACCUAUACAAUAAAUGAAUGCAAUUACUUUUAAAAAUGGCUCUUCCUUCUUGCCUUAUUUAAUUCGUCCUGUAACUAACUGCUCAUACAGGUUUAAUUUCAGUUAUUGUGUCUGAAAGUUGCCUCAAUAAUUUAUCAAGUCAAUAAGCCUCUUAUAUAUCCAAAAAUGUUAAGCCCUCUCACUUUAAAAAUACAACAUACUUUUGAAGCUUGGUUUUCAUGUUGGUAUGGUAAAGUGCUUGGUUAAUUCAACAAAGGGGCGUUCUAAAGAAUAUCUUUAGACAGGUCCUUUAGUAGUGAGUUGGAGUUCCCAGACCUAAGCUAAGGCACCUCUUCUUUCUCCAUCAUGACAUCUUACACCAUACUCGUUUCUUAGAAAUUUCACUGAGCUUAAUGUGGUACCCAAGGUAGAUCAAGACUGCAUGGAAAUGACACUCUUCUCUGUUCACCUCUGAUGAAUUGUCAGUUAAGGCAUAACCAAAAAACUCUCAAUUCUUGAGUCCUGUUCCCUUCCUCAGUCCACCCUGGUGACAGUGUGUUUCAAAGUACUGAUUUAAAUCCAUCAGCCUGACAUUAACAGUGUUCACUAGGCUCACACAACAUUCCUGAUGGAACAAAAUGUCACUGAAAUCCAGAGAUCCCUCCUGGUAUGCUCUGUCUUGGCAAGGCAACACUGUGACUCGUGUAGAUUUUCCUUCUUGCCGGACCCAAAUAACUUCUCCUACCUAGACUGCCUUUUCCUAAACUUGCCUGGUUUUGCUGUUAUUAAUUUUAACUAGCUUGGCUCUCCCUACCCUUGCCUGAAUAACAAUUUUCUUGUGACCAGAUGACACUCACUGUAGCUAGCCAGGCUGGCUCUGUGUCCUGAAGCUUGGGUCACUCUUCUGUUGACUUGCCUGUCUUAAGUCUCUUUCUUGCCCACUGACCUGAGGUGGCUAUCAAGCCAAAGUGUCUGUGACUUUUGCCUCUAGAUUGACAACUCUACUGCUGGGAAUUGGGAGUAGGAGGAGAACAGUAAAAGGCGCCACCAUUUCUGUGUCUCAGAAGGGGGGAGGUGAGAGUCAUCUGCAAUUAGCGGAUAAUUAGCGCUGCUGACCCUUGGGGCUCAUCAGCGCUCCUGGGGCCAGCCCCCAGCAAUCAGCCAGGGCAGGUCGUGAGUGUCAGGCCCCGGAAUGAAUAGGGCUCAUCAGCGGCGCUGGAGCUGGGGAGCCAAUCAGGGAAAUUAAUAGCAGAAGAGAGGGAGAGAGUGCGAGGGAGGGAGACAGGAGAUAGACAGACAAGAGAUACAGUUAAAGGAGGGAAAUGAGAAAAACCAAGUAAGAGGGACUGGGAUAAGGAAUGAGAAAUGGAAAACAAAUAUCAGACAGAAAUAGGAAUAGAAACGAGGACGGGAAAGGGAAGAGGAGUGGGAGGAAGAAAAAGAAUGUGAAGGAUGGGAGAAAGAUGGAAGGGAAAGGUGAGAGGAAUGGUAAGUACUUGGCAUAGUGUGGGCACUCGAGGAAACUACCCACAGAGGUGACAGAAAGGGACUAGGGGAAGUUGGCGAUGGAGGAGGGAAAAAGGAAGAAGGUGAAGAGCCAAUGCCAAGAGAAUAGAGACCAGAGGCCAGAGUGCGAAUGGGGCAGACAGACAGGAGGAAAGGGGCCCCGUAAGAGUGGCCCUACGCCGCAGUACCCGGCGGGUGCAGCGCGCCCCCUGCCGGCCCCGUCUCGCCUCCCUCAGCCCUGCGCUUUCGCUGGAAGGGGCGGCGGUGCUGUCCCGCCCGUCGCGCUGGAGCUUGCUUUGGGGACCACCAAGAUGUCAGCUCCACGGGCGGGGGAGGGGUGUCGGAGCCGGGAGGUACUCCGGGGAAUUACUCAGGGUCCGACGGAGGGCGGCGGCCCAGGGCAGAGGGGUGCUGUGGUCCGGCCCCGCUGCCUGUCCCUCCUGGUGCGCCUUCCCCGCCUGCCGCCCGGCGUCCCAUCUGCGCUUGGCUCCGCCGUCCGGUCGGAGCCUGGGCCAACACCCGCUCGCCCUCCGAGCCGGGCCGAGCCCGGGCUGGGUGGGUUGAGUUGGGGGUGGAAUGAGUGGAGGGAAAGGGACUGGGUGGAGGGAAGGGGACCAGCCCAGCAGCUGCAGCCGCCUUCUCAUCGGCCGCAAACUUUCACAAAGCGGCAUGUCCGGCCUCAUCAAUCUCCAUUAAUAAUAGUUGGUUGGGCCGUGGGGGGUAGGCGGGGGUCCCGGGUCGGCCAGCCGGGCCGCUGGGAACGGGCUCUGCGGAGGGAGCGGGAGCCGGGCGCGGCGGCGGGCGGAGGGAGGAAGUGAAGCGUAAUUUGAGGAAGAUGGAUGAGUCCGGAGGGCGACACCCCCAGCCCGCCUGCUCGCCCGCCCCCUCCCUCCUUAUGAGAGAGAGGGAGCGCGGCGCCGGAGCCACACUGCGCCGAGCCCGCGCCCCGCCGCCACCUCGGCCCGGGAGCCAGGGAGCGAGCCCUGCGUGUCAGCGCGGGGCGCCGGAGCCUCGGGGCGCACGGAGGCACCUGGAGGGGAGCGCCCCGGGGCGGCCGCAGCUCCGAACAAGAUGCAGCGGGCUGGAGGCGGUGGCGCCCCCGGGGGGAACGGCGGGGGUGGCGGCGGGGGCCCAGGCACUGCCUUCUCCAUCGACUCCCUGAUCGGGCCGCCGCCGCCGCGAUCUGGCCACUUGCUCUACACCGGCUACCCCAUGUUCAUGCCCUACCGGCCGCUAGUGCUGCCGCAGGCGCUGGCCCCCGCGCCGCUGCCCGCAGGUCUCCCGCCCCUCACCCCGCUAGCCUCCUUCGCCGGCCGCCUUACCAACACCUUCUGCGCGGGGCUGGGUCAGGCUGUGCCCUCAAUGGUGGCGCUGACCACCGCGCUGCCCAGCUUCGCGGAGCCUCCCGACGCCUUCUACGGGCCCCCGGAGCUCGCCGCCGCCGCUGCCGCCGCCGCCACUGCCACCCGAAACAACCCUGAGCCAGGCGGCCGACGCCCAGAGGGUGGGCUGGAAGCCGAGGAGCUGCUGCCGGCCCGGGAGAAAGUGGCAGAGCCCCCACCACCUCCGUCUUCGCACUUCUCAGAGACUUUUCCAAGUCUGCCCGCAGAGGGGAAGGUGUACAGCUCAGAUGAGGAGAAGCUGGAGGCACCAGCAGGAGACCCAGCAGGCAGCGAACAGGAGGAAGAGGGCUCAGGCGGUGACAGCGAGGACGACAGCUUCCUGGACAGUUCUGCAGGAGGCCCAGGGGCUCUUCUGGGACCUAAACCGAAGCUAAAGGGAAGCUUGGGAACUGCAGCUGAGGAGGGGGCACCGGUGGCAGCAGGGGUCACAGCUCCUGGGGGGAAAAGCCGAAGGCGUCGCACAGCAUUUACCAGUGAGCAGCUUUUGGAAUUGGAGAAGGAAUUUCAUUGCAAGAAAUACCUGAGCUUGACAGAGCGCUCCCAGAUUGCCCAUGCCCUCAAGCUCAGUGAGGUGCAGGUCAAGAUCUGGUUUCAGAAUCGUCGGGCCAAGUGGAAGCGCAUCAAAGCCGGCAAUGUGAGCAGCCGUUCUGGGGAGCCUGUAAGAAACCCCAAGAUUGUUGUGCCCAUACCUGUGCAUGUCAACAGGUUUGCCGUGCGGAGCCAGCACCAACAAAUGGAGCAGGGGUCCCGGCCCUGAACGGGUGCCCAAGGACUUAGGAAGGCGAGGGGUCUGUACCUGAUCCUGUUCUGAGACUGUCAGGGUUCUGUGGACCAGAGGGGCUGCAACUGUGAUUCUGCCUGGAGAGGGGCUAGUUGGCAAUUAACCUCGUCCUGGAUGUGCUCCUCCCAGAACCUGAGAUGUGUGAGCACUUGGCCCUGAGCCUGUUCCAGAGACUUUCAGGACUAGGGCUUCACGGCUAAAGGGGCUGGGGUUCUAAUUGCUGAGGAGCUGUUGGGACUGAGGUGGACUCCUGGGGAGGGGGUGGGUUCUAAGAUGCGUAGGGCCUGAAGGUUCUGUGGCAAAUGCCCCGGAACAGCUUCUGAUGGGUGGAAGAAUCAGCCAAGUGGAUCGCAGCUCCUUAUUUAUUUGUGUAAAUGUGUAUAUAUGGAGCUAUCUGUCUCUGUCUGUCUGUCUGCAUCCCUGAGAGGGAUUGGGAAAGUUGUUUCCUCAAUCCUCAGCCAGAGUUCGUCCGUCCUGCUGCUUUGGGAUGGACCGCAUCUUGCCUCUCCUUACAAAGAAACAAAAAUGGAAUCGUCACUGGCCUCUGUAGAAAUUCUUCAGCACUCCCUCAUCUCCCCCCAACCCCUACGUAAACUACCUCUACCCCUGCGCUUUUCCACUGGGGACUGCCCACUGCUCUUGCCUCUACACCUCAUGCUCCUAACGUACUAUCUCUUCUGCUUCCCCUUAAACAGGCAGGCUUCUCCAACUCUGUAUUCUCUUCCUUGAAUGAGUUGGCAGACUUUGGGAGAGAUUCACUUCCUGUUGUAUUAUGAAGGGACACGAAGUACUUUACCUUAAUUUAGCUGGGGUAUGUCCAAGCCAUCUAACUAGGUGGAGGUCACUAAUGACUGGGGCAUUCAUAUCACCUGUGAGCUCAUGAAUAAAUUGUUUUCUAUGCAGAAGACACGGCAGCUUAGUCUGUCUCUGCCACCCUUCGAUACUCCAGAUGCAAAGGCCGAGGGGGAGAGACCCACUUCCAGUUUUCUGUUCUCAUGGCAUUGUCAUCUCUUCUCCCCAUUGUGCCAGUUUUGAAGCUUGGGAUACCCCUACCUCUUCUGUUACAGAAUAAGAUCAGUUGAGGAGGGACCACUUCAAGUGGAUGGGACAGGCACAAAUCUGUGUGAUAGACGUAGCAGAGGCUUGGGGAUCGUUGUGGACAAAGUGAACACAAGGAGCAGGGCUCUACAGAGCCAUCUGCAGACAGAGGGGAAAGGGCAGAAACCAGUGGAAGUGGUAUGAUCGGAACUGGGCUUCCUGGGAAGAAAUAUGACCUGUAUUGAUUUGGGAGGGGAGCUAGAGAGCAGAGCCAUUAAGAAGAAAAAUAGCCUGUUGAAUGAGGCAAGGAAAUGAAGGUAUUAAUGUCGGGAGGACAGGGAAGUUCAGCUCAAAUACCUACCUGGCCAGCCUCCUUACCUUCCUUAGAGGGAAAGCUUCUGGCUAUUCCCAUACAUUCUUCUGGCUAUGGAAGACUUAGCUACAUCUCAUCACCCUGACGCAUGCCGGACACUUCUUACAGAGACCGACAGCUCUCCCAGGCAGCUCAUUUCUCCCAGUUGGUUUGGGCAACCAAAGCAACCUAGGGCCGUGACUGGUCAUUAACAAUGGUACUACAGUUCUCCAGUGAGAACACACAGAUCUAGGGUGGAUCUUCUCUAUUUUUGGGGUAAAUUUCAGCAGAGCUUGAGUUAGGCUAAAAAUAUGUAGUCCAGAUCAGCCCCAUUCCCAGCCUGGUCUAGGAUCAAGGCUAAGUCUCUCUGAUAUCUUAGACUCAGCCUUCACAGGGAAUCUAUGGGGUUAGAUCUUUUUAGGAGAUAAGCCAGACAGAGGUUGGGGAUCACAGGAGCUGCUUUCAUUCUGGCAGGGCUGGAGCAGAGUUUCCGUGGCCCUGUGUUCCCUGUGAGUGGCAGGCGAGGAAGCACCUGGGCAGGAAAGCCACAGUGGAGAAGCAGCUCAAACCAAGGCCCUGACCUACAGGGUUUUUCUGGCUCUACCUAUGUAGCCUAACCCUCCGUUCAAAGCCAUAUUCAGCCAGCCCAAGCAGCUUGUUUUCCAUAGGGAAUCUGGAGGUGAUUAUUGCUAGUAUUCAGAGCCCAGGAAUCCUACUCUUCCACAUACCCGUGGCCUUGUCUCUAUUUGCCCUAACUACAUGUAAGGUUCAGCCUUGCAAAGGGGCUGCGGGCUGAGAAAGCCUGGCUUCCUCUCUCAAGAGUGUUACCUAUUUACCUGCAUAGCCCACCACACCCAACAUAUGCUCAUGGUAUUUUAGAAAGGGCUUAUGUCAGGCCUGUGGGAAACUUUUUUAAAAAACAAGACAAGGGCCACCAGCAAAGUGGGUCCAGGAAUGAGGCAGCAAGACUCCUCAAGAGAGUCAGGACUCUAAAUUAGCAAGUUCUCAUCCUUUCAGAACCAGCAGGGAGAGGCGUUUCCCCCAGGUCUUCCCUCCGGAAUAACUAAGGGAUUCAGAGAGAAAGAAAAGCAGGAGCUCUGGAUUCUGUCCUCAGCUGGGCUUGGCAAGAUGGUGGGAGUUAGAGCGGCUGUUCUGGUGUCAGCCACCUCCCUCCUCCCCUUUCCUCACAAGCAAAGCGCAAGCACAAUUCAGUCUAUGCUGUAACACAGCUGUCUGGAAUGAAGCGUUCCACUUAUCCUGUGGCCCCCUCAGUUUUUCUCCCAGGUACUGACUCGAUUCUCUCCCUGUGCAUCCUGUUGCAUGGUCAUUCCCAGCCUUGUAGGAAACAGGAAAUGCUUAUGCCCUCUGGGUGCACUUUGGCCAGUACAGGGCAUGGAAAUGAGCUUACUCCAUAGAACGCUGAUGACAAAUGAAGAGAACAGCUGGAAAAGCUGCCUGAUGGCCAGGCAAUGGUGGCUCAUACCUGUCUGUAUUCCCAGCACUUUGGGAGGCCAAGGCAGGUGGAUCAUCUGAGGUCAGGAGUUUGAGACCAGCCUGGCUAACAUGGCGAAACCACCUCUAAUAAAAAUACAAAAAUUAGCUGUGCAUGGUGGUGGGCACCUGUAAUCACAGCUACUUGGGAGGCUGAGGAAGGAGAAUCGCUUGAACUCAGGAGGUGGAGGCUGCAGUGAGCCACUGCACUCCAGCCUGGUGACAGAGCGAGACUCCAUCUCAAAAAAAAAAGCUGCCUGAAGGUCGGGGAGGCAGCACCCAGUAGGAAGCAAAGAGCUCUGUGUCCUUUCAAGGCACUGUGCGGUGCUGCUGGAAACUCAACCAGACCCUGCCAAGGGACGGCCGAAAAAAGAAAGCAAUGCACGUAGGAGACUGAGGAACGACC